AUGGAGACAUCGAGUGAAACCGUAUUUAUGCGCAACGAUAAGACUCUCCCAACACUUGCACCCGUUUCAAGUAUCGUUGGCAUAACAUUCACGACGUGGGCAGAAUUCUUCUCGUUUUGGGAUAAGUUCGGGCGGGAGUUCUUGUCAUAUAUCAAACCAGAGACUGCCAGCACUGAAGUGCUGUCAAUGUUUGACGCAUUCGGUCAAACCAACACUUCGAACGGAGCUGAACAAGCUGUAGCAACAUGUGGGCAAACUACGGAUAUCGCCGCUGCUUCUCGGGUGGUAAUACUUCCACCUAUCGAGUGGAAGAUGGGUGGAAUAAUUACUGGGCAAAAAGACUAG